GAAAGAAAAUUGUGUGGGAAUAGAAGCUACCAAUUGUCACCUUAAGUGUAACGAAAAUACUAGCAAUUGUAUUUCUUCCUUGCUUGCGGCUCCUGCUCUUGGAGGAGUCCUCGUCGGGUCUCCAUCGACCGUCGGAGAAGAAAAAGAAGAAUCCACAAAAUGCUUGGAAUUUCAUACGGAGAACUCUUCCUUUUACUUGGAGCCACUGCUGCUCUCAUCGGUCCCAAGGAUCUCCCAAUUAUAGCCAGAACCGCCGGCAAGUUAGCUGGUCGUGCCAUCGGAUACGUUCAAUUGGCUCGCGGCCAAUUCAAUACUAUCAUGCACCAAACUCAAGCUCGCCAGGUGCACAAAGAACUGCAAGAUACAAUUGCUCAACUAGAAGCCAUACGUCAUGAAAUUCGAACCGUCUCUUUCAUGAAUCCUAGUCCAUUAACUCGGAGGCUAGUGGACAAUCUUGACCAAACAUCUGCUGCUAGUGGUAAUAAUGAACCUGAAAAACCUGACACAGCGAACAGAUCAACCACCCCAGAUGCUAAGAGCCAAGCAACAGCUUAUGCGAAAUUGGCUAAAUCAACAGCUAUAAACUCUGGGUCAGCGGAAAGUAAUGAAGUUAUUAAUGAGCUAACUGAUGAAUCUGGUAUUAUGGUUCUUCCUGUAUCUGCUGAAAGCACCGGAUUACUGCCAGAUCGCAAAGAUAAUGCUGAAGGAUCUGACAUUAUGUUGGAAGCGAUCUUGGAAGCAGAAGUGGCACGUAAUGCGAAAGAUUUUUUUGCGCAGCACCAAAAUCAAAUAAAAUGUGAAUAGAAAGGUAUUUUGUUUUAUAGCAUAUUCACUAGUCCCAUUUGUUUGGAGUCUUUGGACUGUAAGCAUUUGCAAAUGGAACCCGUUUUGUCGUCGGAUUCGCGAUUUCCUUCGCGUUUCGGACAUUUUCAACCGAACACAUCUUCGUUUCGGUGCCUCGUUUGCCAUUCCCACCUUCUUGGGGUUUGUUCCCCUCGUCUUCCUCUUGAUU